AUGGGUUCGGUGGAAAUCUCAAAGGAGCGUGUGCUUCUCGUCCUUCACCAGCCGCUGUCUCCAGAAAUAGAAAGUGGCAUUCGCGAGAAGCUGGCCGACUCUGAGCUCACCAUCUACGAGACUGAGCUGGGUGUACCUGUACCUCCCGAGAUCUAUCGCAAGGCGACUGUUCUAGUAACAUUUGCCCAUCUGCCAGAAAUUCAAGACUCGCAGAACCUUAAAUUGAUUCACACUCUGUCUGCUGGCCUGGACCACCUGACGCAUAAUCCCAUUCUGAAAGAGGGCAGGAUUCCCAUCAGCACCAGCUCCGGUAUCCACGGCCCACCGAUAGCAGAGUGGACCAUCAUGAAUUGGCUUGUCUCCUCGCGAAACUAUGACAGGCAGUAUGAGGGUCAAAAGGCGCGAGCGUGGCCUGAUAAAACCCCAUAUAUGGUUGGAAACCAUGACCAGGCUGGCAAGAAAGUCGGCAUUCUCGGAUAUGGAAGUAUUGGGAGACAGAUCGCCCGUGUCUCGCAAGCACUGGGAAUGUCCGUUUAUGCAUACACUGCCUCGCCUCGCAAAACGCCAGAGUCGAAGCGAGAUACCGGCUAUAUCGUCCCGGGAACCGGAGAUGCCGAUGGCUCCAUUCCCGUUUCAUGGCAUCACGGGACGGAUAAAGGAUCUAUCCGCUCUUUCCUUGCGCAGGGACUGGAUCAUCUCGUGAUUUCUCUCCCCUUGACGCCACAAACGACCAAGGUGCUGGGCGCUAAAGAAUUUGCUCUUCUAUCGGCCAGCUCUACAAGUCAGACGAUCAAGCCGUUUAUUACCAACAUAUCCCGCGGCAAGGUCGUCGACCAAGAUGCCUUGAUCGAGGCUCUUGAGUCCGGUCAGCUCAGUGGAGCUGCGCUGGAUGUGACAGACCCCGAGCCUCUACCUGCAGAUCACCCGCUCUGGGAUGCUCCCAAUGUGCAAAUCAGUCCUCAUGUGAGUGGCCUGGGGAGGGAGUAUCUGCCACGGUCACUUGAUAUUUUGAAGCUUAAUAUUCAACGACUGGCGAAUGGGGAGCCGUUAAUCAAUGCCUAUGGUGGUAAAGGAUAUUGA